AUGGAAACACCUGAAUUGUUUCAAACAGGUUACUAUAACACCGAAUUCACUUCCGAAAAGCCUGAUGUAAAAAAUGGUGAACAUUUCGUUGUUGACGAUCUUUUGGACUUGCCUAAUGAUGAUGGAAUGGUCACCGAUGAUACGUUGGACCUUACAGUUAUAGGAAACUCCACGGAUUGUUCCGUCGUAGAUAAUUCAUGUAACUCUUCAUUGUCCGGAAGCAAUCACCCCCCACAAUUACUCGGCUACCGGGAUUUUCCCGAUGGACACUUGUCCACUGAAUUCGCCGUUCCAUAUGAAGAUAUGGCUGAGCUGGAAUGGCUAUCGAAUUUUGUGGAAGAAUCAUUUUCAAGUAACGAGCUGCAUAAAAUGCAGAUGGUGCAAGCAAUGAGGAAUCGAACUGAUUCUGAGAUUCACCAAUUCAUUCCUGACCCGAACCGAGCAUCCGCAACGUCUAGCACAAUCUUCAAGCCAGAAAUGCCUGUCCCAGCCAAAGCACGUAGCAAACGAUCACGAAUGGCUCCAGGAAAUUGGGCCUCUCGCUUGCUAGUCGUGUCUCCCAACACUACAACCCCGGAUUCCUCGAUAUCAAUGCAAGACAUGUCAUCGUCAUCAGAGUCCGGGAUGAUAAUCCCGACCUCUGGGAAGAAGACUUCUACUCCAAAAAAGAAAGAGAGUAAUAUCCAUCAUGUUCCAAGUAACAAUAAUGGUAGCAAUAGUGAAGGAAGGAAGUGUCUUCAUUGUGCUACAGAUAAGACACCGCAAUGGAGGACAGGACCAUUGGGUCCAAAAACACUUUGCAAUGCUUGUGGUGUAAGGUACAAGUCUGGACGUCUCGUCCCUGAAUAUCGACCUGCUGCUAGCCCUACUUUUAUGCUCACUAAACACUCCAAUUCUCACCGCAAAGUGCUUGAGAUUCGGAGGCAAAAGGAAGUUACUCAGGUCGAACACCAACACCAGCACCAGCACCAACACCAACAACAAUUCCUUCCUCAUAACAUGAUGUUCGAUGUAUCCAAUGCCGAUGAUUACUUGAUUCAUCAACAUAUGGGGCCAGAUUUUCGGCAGCUAAUCUAGUGAUCAUCAAUGGUACCGGUGUAGGAGUUUG